UGUGCUGCUACCAACGGGGACUUCAGCAGGUUUGUUCAGGUUUAGCAGCUGCUGUGUGAGCUGCUGUGUGAGCAGACUGCCAGGUUUGGGGCUCAGAGGAGAGCAGGGCUGCGCUGUUUGUUUCAGGCUCAUCUGUGCAGCUGGUGACAGCAUGAAUCAGGAGAAACUGGCUAAGCUUCAAGCUCAGGUGCGGAUAGGAGGAAAGGGCUCAGCUCGCAGGAAGAAGAAGGUGGUGCACAGAACCGCAUCCGCAGAUGACAAAAAACUCCAGAGUUCACUUAAGAAGUUAGUUGUCAACAGCAUAGCUGGAAUCGAGGAGGUGAACAUGAUCAAGGACGAUGGGACUGUGAUCCACUUUAACAACCCCAAGGUUCAGGCGUCUCUGUCCGCCAACACUUUUGCCAUCACGGGCCACGCUGAGACCAAGCAGCUCACAGAGAUGCUUCCUGGCAUCCUCAGCCAGCUGGGAGCGGACAGCCUCAGCAGCCUGCGCAAGCUGGCUGAACACUUCCCCCGCCAAGCUCUAGAUGGCAAGGCUCCAAAACCAGAAGACAUUGAAGAAGAGGAGGAUGAUGAUGUCCCAGAUCUGGUGGAGAACUUUGAUGAAGCUUCAAAGAACGAGGCAAACUAAGCGAGGCGUUGAUGAGCUGAUGGGCUGGAUGAGAAGAAGCAGGAACCUCCCUGUGUGUUUAUGUUGUCCAGAAAAAAAAUCGCCUUUUAUUUGCAACGACCCUAAAGACUUUUUUUCUACUUUACAGUUAUCCAAUGAGUCCGGUUAGCAUGUGGAAAACAUGGUUUUGUGGUGUAAUCUCAACACCUUAAUGUUUGUCUUAAUGAGGUUUACACGCUUGACACUCAGUCUUAAUACAUGUUUGUGUUCAUGGAUAAAUAAAUGGGAUGAACAUUUUUCUU